CAACCCUCUUCGGCAAAUUUAAUACAAGCUUUGUAUUAUAAAUAAGAUUCAUAUAUGGAGGGUUUCACAUCAAAUUUCCAUAGUCGUAAACCUUCAUAUUCUUUCAUAGACAUCGAUCAAAGCAUGGAAUUCCUCAACCAAUUUUCAGUCCAAUAUGACAAUCCAAACUUGAAUUCUCAGAGCUUAAUGGGGUUUUCAAAUGAUAAUUUCUUGUAUCAACAAGUAUUACCACCAUUUGAUCAUCAAUUCGCUCAAAGCUUUCAACCAGUUUCUCAAUAUGAACAAAAGAAUAUCAUGGUGAUUCACGACCCCGUUGCCACAGGUCCAUCCAUAAAUGGGAAGAGAAAAUCAAUGGAUGUUUCAGCAAGCAGCUCAGGGAAUUCAUCGUCUCACCCAGUUCCAGAAAAUGAGAUUAACGAAAAGAAAUACCAGAAUUCCGGAAAAGGAAAGAAAGUUAAAGCGAGUGAAAAUGAGGAAGCACCAAAGGAAGUGGUACACGUUAGAGCAAGAAGGGGCCAAGCAACUGAUAGUCACAGUAUAGCAGAAAGGGUUAGAAGAGGAAAAAUCAACGAACGUUUGAGAUGCUUGCAAGAUAUCGUCCCAGGAUGCUACAAGUCGAUGGGAAUGGCGGUAAUGUUGGAUGAGAUAAUCAACUAUGUGCAGUCGUUGCAAAAUCAAGUGGAAUUUCUAUCUAUGAAGCUUACUGAAGCAAGCAUAUUCCACAGCUUCGAUUCGUCAGACUCAAAACAGAUGGAUAUAUUACAGAUGGGAAAUGCUACUCAAGGAGUGAAGAUGAAGAGAUUGGAAGAGAGAGGGGAGAUUGGCCCAGUUGACCUGAGUUUUGGCUCUUAUCCUUCAUUGCCAUACCACACAACAUAAAAGAAGACCCCUCUUGUUCCCUACACAUACAUACAGCUUGUAUUAUUGUUUCUACACAUACCAAAUGUAACCAUUACACAGCUAUUGAAAUAAAAUAAAUGUUUGCAGCAUGGUAC